CACGUGGACCGUUCAUGGUGGGACCGCGCAGGGCCGCCGCUCCACAAGCUAUGUGCAUGCUGACGGUUCGCGAGUCAAGUGUGUUGUGAAUCAGCUCGAGCAGUCACGAGUCCCGAGCAGGAGAGGGGGUGAGCUCAAAAGUCAAUCGAAUCAGUGAUCUGAAGCGCGAUGCCGCACCACCACAAUCACGAUUUGAGCACAACUGCAGAUCGCAAAUUGUUCGGUUGCAAGCGCAGAUUUUGCACAAGGGAUAUUCAGCUCGAGCAAUCCACAGAUCAAGCAUGUUCACAGGCAUCGUCGAGCUGCUCGCCACAAUAGUGGUGGUCAAGGAAAAGGAUGACGGGCAGGGUGGAGGCGGGGGGUACAGUCUCAUCAUUGGAGGUUGCGCAGAUAUCCUGGACGACUGUCAUAUCGGCGAUAGCAUAGCCGUGAAUGGCACAUGCUUGACAGUUACCGCCUUUGACGCGGAAAAGGCCUCGCCCGAAGCGCAGGAUGGCGCAGGUGCCCAUCAGAAAGGCUGGUUCAAGAUUGGCGUGGCGCCCGAAACGCUCAAAAAGACAAACUUGGGAAGUUUGAAAGUAGGAGACAGGGUGAAUUGCGAAAGGGCGAUGGGUGCAAAGACGAGGUUUGGUGGACAUUUCGUUCAGGGUCAUGUCGAUACCACCGCGAUGCUUGUCAAAGUCACACCCACAGGCAAUGCGCUCACUCUGGUUCUACGUCUCAACAAUUCUCCCGAGCUGCUGCCUCUUCCUUCCUCUCUUUCCCCCUACCUCAUUCCCAAGGGCUACAUCACGCUAGACGGAGCAUCUCUCACGCUGAUCGACGUCAGUCCAGCCGAAGGCGGACCUUUGAACUCUACGGCCGGUCAGCCGGAAUCGGAAGGCGGUGCUAGACCAGUUGGAGACGUGAAGGAGCAUGUGGAAUUCAGCGUCAUGCUCAUCGCUCACACUCAGGAUGCCAUCGGAUUGAGCAAGAAAAAGCCGGGUGAGACGGUGAAUGUGGAACUGGAUAUGGUCGGCAAGUACGUCUACAGGGCAGUGGUGGGAGCAGCGGGGUCGGUCGGAGCGUCCACAUCAGACCUUGCGCCUACUUCAGAAGGCGGCAAGGCCUUUGGUACGAGCGGUGUGGAUGCUGGUGCGGCCGCGCUCAGUCAGACGCAAACCGCGGGCAGAACGGCCUCUGAUGCUCUUGCGGCUUUCAUCGAGAGAACUGUCCGGAGGGUACUGUCAGAGCAGAGCAGUCCUUCCAGAUAGAACAUCGAAAGCGCAAUACGUGGCAUGGCCAAUUUCCUAAAUCGCUUACAUGAUUCGUCUUGGCAUGACGAGAGGGGCUACUGUUGCUCCAAGGGAGGGAAAAAGCAUGGGAAUUGGGCUCGCAGCAGUGACUCGGUAGUGCGCUUUACAGAUUGUGAACCAGCUCCUCAUGAGGCUGCAAUGACGGCAAAAUGGACGCUGGGCCCCUUUUCGUUGUACUGUUGCUUCGUGACGUACGAUUUGCCGUGCGGGUCGCUGAACACGAGCUUGCAGCAUC